CCCGCCCCCUCGGGCAGCGGGCGCGCAGCGCGGGCUCGGCCUCCGCGGGAGGAAGCGCCGGGCUCGRGGGGAACAUGGCGGCGGCGCAGGGAAUGAGAGACGGGCGCAGGAUGCCUGGGAAAGCUGGCGAGUCCCGCCGCCCCUUCGUCCUGGGCUCCAUUGUGAGGAUCUUCAUGGAGAACUUUCUAACAUACAAUGUCUGUGAAGUGUAUCCAGGGCCCAACCUGAACGUGGUUGUAGGUGCUAAUGGCACAGGCAAGUCAAGCAUUGUUUGUGCCAUCUGCCUGGGACUGGCUGGAAAACCUUCUUUCCUAGGGAGAGCUGAUAAGAUCAGUCUCUUUGUGAAGCAGGGUUGCAUGAAAGGCAUGGUGGAGAUUGAACUGUGUAAGUCACCAGAGAAUAUUAUUAUCGGCCGUGAGAUUCAUGUCGUGAGCAACGCUUCGGUGUGGUUUAUCAACAGAAAGCCAGCAACCCUGAAAGCAGUAGAAGAACAGAUUGCAGCCUUAAACAUCCAGGUGGACAAUUUGUGCCAGUUUCUUCCUCAGGACAAAGUUGGAGAAUUUACAAAACUGACUAAGACUGAGUUACUCGAAGCCACCGAGAAAUCCAUUGGUUCUCCAGAAAUGUACCAGUUUCAUUGUGAACUGAAAAAUUUCAGGGAAAAGGAAAGAGAACUGGAGAAAUUGUGCAGAGAAAAAACCACCUCACUGGAGAAAAUGAAACAGAGAGUUGAACGGUACAAACAAGAUGUUGAAAGAUACCAUGAAUGCAAGCGCCAUGUAUAUUUAAUAGAGAUGCUUGAGAGGAAAAGGCCAUGGGUGGAAUAUGAAAAUGUUCGUGAGCAGCAUGAAGAAGUGAAACAAAGCCGAAACCAAGUUAAGAAAGAAUUGAAGCGUCUGAAAGAAAUGCAGGCCCCAUGCUCAAAAAAAAUCCAAGAAGCUGAAGAAAAUUUAAAGAGUCUGGAUAUGAAAAUCAGAGACAAUACUGAAGCAAUCAGAAAUAUUUCCCAGAAAUGUAAAGAGAAGCAAGAUGCUUUGGAGAUGAAAGAUAAACAAAUUGAAGAAAUAAAUCAAGCAUUCAGAAUGAAAAAAGAUGAAGAAACAAACAGGCAGAAGAAAAUACACCAAACUCAAAAAAUUAUAGAGGAGUGGAAGAAAGAGUUGGAUACAAUGUCAGUCUGUGAGAAUCUUCAGCCACAAAUUGAUGCUGUUAAUGUUGAGCUGAAAAAAUUACAAGAAGAAAGGGCAAAUACUGAUAAUGAUGUCAGUGAUCUAAAAGCAGAAAAAAACAACCAAGAGCAGGAACGGAAAAGAAUAAUUGAUCGCCUUGGACAACUUAAUAAUAUAAUGCAUAUGAAGGAAGAGAACCUUAAAGUGAAAUUCCGAGACACACACUCUGCUCUUAUGUGGCUAAGAAAGAACAAAGACAAGUUUAAAAAAAAAGCUUGUGAACCCAUGAUGCUUGAAAUAAAUGUGAAAGACAACAGACAUGCUAAAUACAUUGAAAACCACAUUUCGUCCAAUGACAUGAGGGCUUUCGUUUUUGAGAGUCAAGAAGAUAUGGAGACAUUUCUGGUGGAGAUGCGUGAUCAUCAGAAACUAAGAGUGAAUGCUGURUGUGCACCUGCUGAAUCAUGUGCUGAAAAACUACCUUCAAGACCUAUUGAAGAAUUACACCAAUAUGGAUUUUACUCAUAUUUACGAGAAUUAUUUGAUGCUCCUCACCCUGUGAUCAGUUACCUUUGUUCCCAGUACCGUGUUCAUGAUGUUCCUGUGGGAACAGAGAAGACAAGAGACAUGAUUGAAAGGGUCRUACAGGAAACCAAUCUGAGGCAAAUGUACACAGCAGAAGAAAGAUAUGUCAUUAAAGUAUCUUGUUACACAAAACAAAACAUCUCUAGCAACACAUGCUUGAAGGAGGCACAAUUUCUCUCUAGUUCAGUGGAUGCAGAUGAAAGAGGACAGUUGGAAAACCAGAAACAGGCCAUUGAUAACUUGUUAAAGUCAUUGGAUGCACGUUUGGCUUCACUGUUCGGGAAACAGAAACAUCUGGAACACAAAGACAAUAAACUCAGGCAAGAGAAGAAGGAGCUUUUAGAGAGAGGAAACCGAAGGAGACAGUUGGAAUCAAAAAUUGCUGUGAAGUAUGAUAGUUUAAGACAGCUUGAACAAGAUGCUAUUGACCUAGAGAAGGAAUUUAAUCUGGCAAAUAUGAAGAUCAAAGAAAUAAAUAAACAGAAAGCAGAAAUUAUGACUGAAUUGACGCAUCUCAUGAAGAAGAACAUACCACUGAACGUCGUGAAAGUAGCUUUGGCUCUUCAGAUGACCAGAAUGACUUCUGAGAAGAACAGACUACAAGCGGACUACAAAGCAGGAAAUGGGCAGCUAAGAGAUGCACAGCAACGUUUUCAAGAACUGGCUAAUAGGAAGCAACUUCUUUAUGAGAAAUGCAUGAAGUUGAUGAAACAAGCUCGACAGGUCUGCAGAUUGGGUCCAGAUCAAGGUUUUCCGGAAGAAUUUAAAAUCGCUUUUCAGACUCUUCCAAACACACUGGAGGAAAUUGAUGCUUUUCUGAAUGAAGAGAAAACCAGGGCUUCCUGUUUUACAGGCCUCACUGCUUCRGUUGUUGAAGAAUACAAUAAGCAAACACAAGAAAUACAGCAGUUGACAGAAUAUCUAGAAAAAAAGAAAACUGAGUUGAAUAACUAUAAGCAAAACAUUUCAGAGGUCAAAGAAAAGUGGCUAAAGCUCGUGAAAGUGAUGAUUGAACAAAUUAAUGGAAAGUUCAGUAAGUUCUUUAGUUCUAUGCAGUGUGUUGGUGAAGUUGAUCUUCAUGUGGAAAAAGAGGAGGAGUACGAGAAGUAUGGGAUUCGCAUUAGAGUCAAAUUCCACAAUAGCACUGAACUUCAUGAAUUGACUCCGUAUCAUCAUAGUGGAGGUGAGAAAACUGUUUCCACUAUGUUGUACCUGAUGGCUCUGCAAGAACUCAACAGAUGUCCUUUCAGAGUUGUUGAUGAAAUAAAUCAGGGAAUGGACCCAAUGAAUGAGAGAAGAGUUUUUGAAAUGGUUGUGGAAACUGCUUGUAAAAAAAGCACAUCUCAGUACUUCUUCAUUACACCAAAGCUCCUGAAGAAUCUCACUUACAAUGACAAGAUGACUAUGCUGUUUGUCUACAAUGGGCCUUUUAUGCUGGAGACAUACCGAUGGAAUAUGAAGGACAUCAAGAGGCGGCAACGGCGGCGGCUUGCAAGCAUGAAAGAAUAGUGAUUUAUAGCUAUAACUGUUAAACAUUUGGAAAUAGAGGUCAUCAACAGAAUGUUUAAUACCUAAAAUAAAGUCUUGAUUAUUAAGUUAAGUAUUAAAAAAGUAAAAUUCAACAAUUUAAUGACUGCUUUAUUUUGAGUACGUGUUUUUCUUAACAGCAUCCUGGCAAUGACCUUUGCUAGUGAAACUGAUAUGUCAGGCUUUGAUAUUCACGUAUCCAAAAUAAAAUAACCCAGUACAAAAUACGAGCUAGAAUCUGAAAGGUUUUAUGUAUUAAAGGGUAAAUGCUGUAAUUAUUUUUUUAAUAGAUAGAKGAGCCUUCAGUGCAGUAGAGAACCACACAUUUUUGUUACUGCAGGCCACUGUUGGUCUGUGGAAUUAUCUGACUGUGAAAUGAGUUUCUGGAGUAAGUUGAUUAGUAUYCCAACGCAAGUAUUUAACAGAAAAGGUAAAAGUGUGGCAAUUCAGGCUCUCGGUAAGCAGAGUAUCUUCAAUGUAGUUGAGGCUACAGGUCUCUCUGUUCACUGUAUUGAAAGAACUUGAUUUUAAAACUAUUCUUCAAAACUGACUAUUAUCUAUCCAUGUGAAUUUCUUUUCCUGUACUCUCUGCCAUUAUUAUUUUUACUGUUACUGUUUGUUCUUAUAUCACUUUACUGUUUGCAGUAAUUAUCUGUCUCAACCUGUGAUCUUUGUGUUUUGUGCCUCCAGUUCUCCUCUCCAACACACUGCAGCAGGAGGGGAAAACAGAGCGAGAGAGCAGUGUCCCGUCUAGAGAGCCUUGGUGGAGGAGUACCAGUGGGGAGUACCAUUCCUAAACCAAGGCAGAUUGGCACAGUAUCUGAUGGGAGGUGUCUGACAAGAGACCUACAUCAUAGGAAGCAGGGAGUGGGGAACCUUGGCACUCCAGCUUUGUUACAUAAAUUUGUUAAAAGAAUUACUCUCUUCACUUCUGACUCACUAAUACAGGGUCCAAAAUUGCUUUUCCUAGAACUUUCUGUUUUCCCCAUACCUUGCUAAUUAAGAAUAAAACCAUGGUUCAGUACGCUAUUGUUUGGGAGAGAAAGGAGAUGUAGAAGAGAGUUAAUCCUCCUCUGCUCCAAGAAUUCUUCACCUGUUCCUGUCUGAACAUCUGAAAAUCACAUGAAUGUUUCUAUGCUAGUGCAGCCAGACUAGGCUUGCCAGAAAAAGUGCUUCUAUGAGGCUUGUUAAUGCAGUGUCCUUUGCAUAUUGCAGUAGCCUGGCUGAAGGGCAAUUUUUUUUUUGUAGCAGUGUCUGAUCUAGUAGUUGCUGUACCUUAUUUUAUUUUGGUGUUAACUUCAACCAUUGAUAAGGCUGAACUAGUAGGGAGASGGGAGAUGACUGCAGAAAGCAGAUAUUUUUAGCCACUGAAAGCUUUUCCAGCUUGACUGUAGCAGUGGUGAAAGCCAGCAGGGAAAGCAUCAAAAAUAAAGGUCAGUGGCAUCAGCAGGGCCAGAAGUAACAGGGGAUAAGCAGCACUACAGCAGCUAACCUACCAGCCUCUCCUGUAGCUCAGUUCUUGCCCUGUGGUGCAGUCCUCUGACACCUAUUCCCAUCUUUAUGCUUUCCACCAGACUCCACUAGGUUUUCUCCACUAAUCUGCUCCCCUAUUGUUCUUGAGGUAAUUCCCCAGUUUCCAGUCUUCUGUUGAUCCAUUAGGCCCACUAGGCCAAUGGGGUUUUUUUGACUGUUGUACUGAUUUUGACUGGGAUAAUUUUCUUCAUAGAGGCUUGUGUGAGAUUGUGCUUUGGGUUUGUGGCCAGAACACUGUUGGUUGUGUAGGGAUGUUUUAGCUAAUGCUGGGCAGUGCUUGCACUGCAUUGAGACCUUUUCUGUUUCUCACACUGCCCCACUAGCACAAGUUUACAGGAAGYUGGGAAGGGGCACAGGCAAGAUAGCUGACCCCAACUGACCAAAGGGCUAUAUCAUGCUGUAUGACAUUGUCCUCAGCAAUAAAAACUAGGAAGAAGAAGGAAGGGUGUUUUGAGUUCUGUCUUCUGAAGUAACAACUGUGUGUGAUGGAGCCCUGCUUUUCUGGAGGAAUAGCUGAACAUCUGCCUGUUGAUAGGAAAUAAUGGAUGAAUUCCUUGUUUUGCCUGGCUUGUGCACCCAGCUUUUACUUUUGCAAUUAAACACUUUUUAUCUCAACCCACAA